GAAUUUAAAGGGGAGUUAACUUUUUUUCCCCUUGUUAUAGAUCUAAAAAUGUCAUCACUUGUUGAUUUGUAUGUGAAAAGAGAGUUGGUCAAUUCUAAUUUUGACCAUUACCAACUUUCACUAGAAUCUAUUCCUGUUUAUGAAACACCACUGGAUAAACAUAUUGAUGUGGCCAAACCUUCAGAAAACAAUUUCUCCUCCCAUCAUGCAAAGCUCUUUAGUAUUCACAAUCAUGUUUUCACUGAUCCUUGGGAUGAUUCAACAAUAUAUUUUUGUGACAAAGAAUGGAACAUAGGAAGUAUUUCUUUUGGGAAGGUUGGCAAGCCUGUAAACUGUGAUUCCCAUUUUCAAGUCCCUGAUGCUUCAAACUUAAGACUGAAACCAUCAAGGUUUAAUGUGACAUUAAUGUUUCCUAGUCAGACCUUGGCAGUUAUAGUUAAUGGUGCUGACACAAUCUAUUUACUAGAGACCGGGGAAAGACACUCACUAAAUAAAUGGAAGAUUUUGUUCAAAGAGUCUGUGCAUGUGGCAGGACAGGCUGGUGUGUUACUUGACAGUGUUCAGUGGAUAGAUGGAGAAAAUAGAAGAUUGGAGUGUCUGCUGGCCUCUGUUGAAGAAGUCGAGGGAGAAGUGAAAGAAAAACACAGGUCACCUUGGAUCACUGUUCUAUCCUGGAUCACAUGGAUUUCUGUUGAUGGAAAACAAUGGAAUGUCGAGAGAACUAGAAGCUUGGAAGGAUCUCGUCCCAUUGAUUAUGCCACCUUGGAUCGCCAAGGACAAGCUGUGAAUAUAGUGGCAGCGGAUGUAUAUAGAAUGACAGAGGAUUCAGUCAAGCCCAUUGAUGUUGGAGAGUCAUUAGAAGAUACAGCUGGACAAGAUGAAAGUAAAUCAUUCUACACAUGGAGUCAAACAGAGAGUGAUUUGAGUGUGCACCUGACAAUACCUGAUGGUCUGACAAAAGCUAACCUGAACAUUGACAUUUCCGGUACUAGAUUAGAAGUGUCAGUGAAGAAUGGUAUAGAGAUGGUCAAAGGAAACUUACAUGCUCGUGUACAAGUAGAUGCUUGUACAUGGACCUUAGAUGGCCGCAGGUUAGAGAUAUUUCUUCAGAAAGUAGAGGAAAGCUUGUGGCCUACAGUUAUUGUUGGAGACAGCAGAGGAGAAUUGGUGAUGUCACCAGAACUUAUUGAUACCAUUCAUGCCAGAUUAGCACAUUUAACUUCCGAAGACUGGAAUCCUAAUCCUGAUGGAAAGGAAAAACCUUAUAAUUCUCAGAUGUUGGAAGAAUGUGAUGCAUUGGAUGAAGAGGGCACCAUAAUUAUGAGAAUAGAUGGAGAUUUGCAUCAGAUCACUCAUAAGAUUAUAGCCAAUAAUCAGUUUCUAUUCAGUACCAUCCUGACACCUGACAAAGCUCCAGCCAUUUGUUUAAGACAUGAUGUUGAUGGGUUUCUCUGGCAGUUAUCUAACACUGUCCUGCCUGCUCAAUGUCCAUGGGAGCAUGUUGGUGUCCUCAAUGCCUUCGGCUACGUCCUGGCCUCCAAGCAGCAAAAGAGGUUCAGUUCCUGCUCUCCUGACAUGUCUGUUGCAGCUAUUGCUGACUCCCAACGCCACAUCUACCUUUACAAACAGGAAGUGUCUGUCUUGACACCACUGCGCAACAGGAAAACGGGACAACAAAUUAAAAGUGUGGCCAAACAACAGGUGCUCUCCCUUGAUGCAUCACCCGAUGUUAUUCUAGGUAUUAAACUUACUAAUUCCAAAAUGUUUAUUGCAACAGAACAGAAAAUACUGGUGUAUGUUAUGAAAACAGAUGAAUGAGUAAUAAAGAAGUAAUAACAAU